AUGCGCUUCACCAUCGUCGCCGCCGCCGCCCUCUUGGGCGCCGCCAUUGCCGCCCCGGCCCCCCAGAGCAACCCAGGCCCCCGCGAAAGCAUCUCCAUACAGAACUUUGAGGCCAUCAACAAGGAACAGAACGGCCCCGUCACCUCGGUCUACUUUGAGCUCGUCUCGACCCGCGCGGCCGGCGUCGCCGCCUUCGUGUGCAGGGCCGAGGCCGCCGAGGGUCUGAAGAGCUCCGACAUUCUCGACUGCUCCGAGGGCCCGUCGCCCGACGGCGCGUACACGUUCACGCUCGUCUCCACCGCCGGCAGCACCUUCAACCUCAAGGUCUACCACCAGACUGCCCCUGGUGCUGGCCUCUGGGGCGUCGUGAGCGUCGAGGGACAGUGCAGCAUCGAGUCCGACGACUCCGACGUCUUGACCUGCAGGAAGGACCAGACACCCGGGGAGCUUCAGGUUUAA